UUUCACUGAAAACCAGGGAGCAAGCCUUUCUUCCGUUCUGUAAAAUGCUUUGUCCUUUUUAACUGAUUCUGGCAGAGUUUAGACACGUGUAAAAACUCAUGCUUUUGGUAUUCCCUGAUCAUUUAUAAUGGAUAACUUCCAAAUCAAACCGGUACUUGAAAUUUUCUGAAGUUGGGUUUUGCUAGCCCCUAGAAAAUAUCUUUAUGGAAAACCAACGUUGGUCUCUCUAGGCUAACAGAAGUUUUCCCAUAAGAGUUGUGGCCUCUGGUUUGAGUUGGAGGAGGCCUUUCAACCUUUUUGUUCUUGUGAAGAAGCAAGUUCCUAAGCAAUGGAUGAGAAGGGAAUCUCUGGGUCAUAUCUAAUUAUCUCGGAAGAGAAAAGUGACAGCUUGUAUCCAAUGUAUUUUGGUGUUUCUUGUGCUUUUUUUGCUCUCAGACUCCUCACGGGACCUGAAAAGGAAGAUGAGAAAUGGUCUGAAUUACGAGAUAAAAUGCUUCAAGGAAGUGCUCAACUCUUGGGAUUGCUAGUAUGGAGAAUCCAGAGAGAAGAAGCCAAUCUAGCAAAGUGUGAACUUCACCAGAAGCUUGAGACCGCUGAGAAAGAGGUUGAGGAGUUAAAGAAAAGGAGACAUGAAGAUGCAAAAGCAAAUGAGAAGGUUGUUGGCAUCUUUGCAUCUCAAGAGCAGGGAUGGUUAAUUGAAAGAAAGAAACUUCGGCUGCAGAUUGGAGCCCUGAUAAAUGAAUUGAGAGUCCUCGAGAAAAAGAAAAAUGAAGAAAUUGCUGACUUGAGUGAAAAAUUCAAUGAAAUGGAGCUCUUGGUGGAGUCUAAGGAUAAGGUAAUUGAAGAAAUGGAGCAGAAGGGGAAGGAAUUAGAAGAAAAGGUAAUGAAGUUUGAAAGUGUUGCUGAAGAAUUGAGAGAAACUGCAAAGCGUGAAGCUCAGGAGCACUCUACUGAGCUUUGGAAGCACAAAACCGCCUUCAUUGAGAUUGUGUCUAAUCAACGGCAACUUGAAGCAGAGAUGGGGCGAGCCUUUAGGCAAGUUGAAGCUACAAAGCGGGAGCUUGAUUCGGUCCUAGAGCAAAAAGAGGAGUCAGUAUUAUUGGCACAAAAAUUGUCCAUAGAAAUUACAAAAAUAAGCAAGGAUUUGGAGCAGAAAGACAAGAUUUUGUCUGCAAUGCUAAGGAAAUCGAAGUUGGAUACGGCAGAGAAGCAAAUGCUUUUAAAGGAAGUUAAAGUAUCAAAGGCAAAGAAGAAGCAAGCUGAAUUAGAGACAGAAAGGUGGAAGGCAGUCUCUGAGUCCAGACAUGAGAGACAUUCAUUGAAGGGUAUGUUUGCUAAACAGGCCGGUGCAAAAUUGGAUGUUUCCUCUGGUGUCAAAGAGGUGUCAAAUUCUGGCAAAACCAGAUCACAGCCGAUUGAUCUUGUUUUCGAAUAUGACUAUUCAGAUUUGAAAACAGACCCAGAAGUCUUUUCUCCUCUUCCUGAUUGUCACUCUCCAGAAGCGAAUGAGGAAUUGGUAGUGACAGCUGAUGUCAAAAGUUUGGAAGGUUGGGUUCGAGCAGAAGCAGAAAAGUAUGCAGCUGUAAUUGAGAAGAGGCAUCACUUGGAACUGGAUGCUUUUGCAGAACAAAUGAGACUGAAAGAUGAUAAGUUAGAAGCUUUUCGUUGGCGGCUGCUGAGCAUGGAACUAGAAUCGAAGCGGCUGCAGUCUCAUGUCGAAGGACUGAACCAGGAUGUGUCACAGCUCAGACAGGAAAAUAUGAAAUUGGAAGCCUUGCUACUGGAGAGAGAAGAAGAAUUGGAUUCCUUGAAGGAGCAGUUUGCGUCACAAUUAAAGCCUCUGAGUUGUCAGAAGACGAACCUAUUAAAUUUAUCACUGCAUGAUCCAGCAUUAACACAUGAUUCCUUUUGGCCCAAAGUCAAGUUUAUCAAGAAAAAGUCAAUUGAGAGGGAGCAAGAAACAAAAACAAGUUUGCUAGAUAGGUCUCAAGAAAGACAUCCCGAGAAAGAAGAGGUAAACCCAUCUUACAACGACUCCAAAAACAUCAGAUUGAUAGUCCAAUCACCUGAAAAGGAGUUCGAAGAGGAGAGAGAUAUUUCCAACCCAGGUCCAACUCAAAAAGAAACUAAUUGUUCAGUAGAAGUCGAUUCUGCUGACAAGUCAGCAUUACCUGUUCAGUCCCUGAGUAAAACCAAAAAUACCCUCUGGAGGAUGGAUCUUCAAGCUCUUGGAGUUUCUUACAAAAUCAAAAGGCUGAAGCAGCAACUUCUUAUGGUUGAGAGAUUAACAGGAAAGCAAGAAAGUGGAGAGGAUAUGGAAGGCGAUAACAAUGGGAUGAAGGGCUUCCUGUCGUUGAUAUCUUUGCUAAAUAAACAAGUCAGCCGCUACCUGUCCCUUCAAGGGAAGACUGAUGAUCUCUGUAAGCGGAUGCAUGACAAUGAUAUAGACUCGAGUCAAGGAGAUUGCAGCACUAGAAAAAUGAAAGGAGAUAGUAAAACACUGGAGCAUUUCCUGGAGGAGACAUUCCAGCUGCAGAGAUACAUGGUUGCAACAGGUCAAAAGUUGAUGGAAGUUCAAUCCAAAAUAGCCUCUGGGUUCAUCGGGGUGGAGCUUGACAAGUCAGCCACCUUUGACAUGAAGCGCUUCGCUGAUAAUAUUAGAUCUCUAUUUCAGGAAGUUCAAAGAGGUCUUGAGGUUCGAAUAGCUCGAAUCAUUGGAGAUCUUGAAGGGACAUUGGCUUGUGAGGGAAUGACACAUUUUAGAAGGUAGUAAUGAUAUAUAUUAUAUGGGUGAAGCUCAAGAUAAGAGUUCCAUAUUCUGCUGAAUUCUGUAUUCCAAUUUUUGUAUAUACAAAUUCCUUAAUACAAUUUACUAAAACAUGAAUGGCCUGAAUUUUA